AUGUCUACUGAGGCUUCUAACGCUCCAGUAGAUAAAGCUCCUUCAAAGGGAAGCGCCAAAGCUAAUUCAAUUGAGGAAGAAGACUAUAAUCUUAAUGAGGAAUUAGGAAAAAACACUGGGACAACCUAACAAUCCUAAAAAUUUGGAUAGGGCUAUUAAAGAAGGUAAUAUAAUGAGUUUAGCCGUGAUUCUUUGACAACAAGGCCUGAUAUCGACGAUUUGAUUGAGGCAAGAUUUGCAAAAUACGAAAGUUAAGGGACUUCCAGUCAUUAAAGUAUAAGUUCUGGAUUAUUUAAGAGCUAAAAUAAGCAAACAUGGGAUGAUGAAACCUCUAGAUGUGCUGAAUUACCUGAAGACAUCCCAGAGGAGUAAUUAGAGAUUUUGCAAUAAGAGGACAAUAAAAUUUAUGAAAAUCUUAUCAGUGAAAAAAUUUAUACUGAGACCCAGAUGUAUGAGCUCUUGAAAAACUCUACCUCUAGAAAACUUUAAAAUGAACUCUUCGACUUAAUUAAGAAAAAGAUUGACACUGGUGAUAUCAAUAAGGCCAAAGUAUUCAUGGAUAAGCUGAAUGAGCUGGGCUCAACCGCAUAGAUCAAUAUUGAUGAGCUAACUCUCGUACAGAUUGAAAAGUUGUUCCUUGAAAGAAAGCAAUACUCUGAAGAAGACUUUGUUACAGAUACUUUCAUCGAGGACAUCAAGGAAGGCUUCAAGAUAGCAGAUUCUGUAUUCAAGCAAGACCACAUAGAACCAAUGACUUAAGAAAGCUUUAGAGAUCCAAAAAUUCUCUAUGAUGAGUAUAAUGAAUACUUAGAUUUAUAACUUCUCGAAGCUGUGAAUAGAACUACUCCAAAUGACAAGCUAACUCCAUAAAUUAUUCUGGACUAAGAGAUAGAAUAGCUGGUGGAAGGCUAACCAUACUAAGAUGAAGUGGAGGAAUUCAUGGAUCAAACGUUUGAGUAGGCUUUGGAAGAAUAAAUCGAUACUAUGAGAGAUAAAAUGAUGAAAUAAGAAAAGGAGCCCUUCGAUAUUCCUUAUCUUACUGACAGCUAUCCAAGAUUUGAAUAAACUAAUGAAUAAUUGGAAGAAGUCUUAGAGAGCAACAGAAAUGAGAGAUAAUAAUAUGAGAAUAGCUUAUAAAUGAAGAACUUUGAUUAGCUUUCAGACUAUUUGAGAGGCAAAGUGGAAAUAGACAAGGAAGAUGCUGCUAAUAACUUAGUUAUGUAGAUGGAUGUUGACGAAGGCUACAAUAGCAUAAUGAGGGAAGAACUCAAAAAUCAAUUUUCAAUGAACUAAAUUCUUAUCAAGGAAAGCGGUCUUCUCAGAUAAAGACUACUUAUCCUAGCAAGAUAAGCUAAAUAAUCAUUAGGAGUGACAUUAAGAAACAAAGAGAAGUUAAUGAAUCAUCUAUAAAAUACUUCAAAGGAUCAAGCCUCAGAUGUUGUCCCAAACAAGAUAUACAAUUUCAUCAGAUUCGAGAAGAAUACCUAUCAAAGAUAACAAGAGUUGAAGAAUCUUUAUGGUGAGAGAACAAUUAAGAGGGAUUCUAAGAAGAUUAGUGAUUUCAAUACAGAGAUGCAAAUUUUAGGGAGAAUUUACGAACUUCAUAAAGGUAGCCUCAAAUAGCGCUCAGAAGCUGUCAAUCAUAUGUUUAAACUCUUCUAGAUAAUGGAGCAGAAUAAAGUUAAACCUGAUCUUUUUGAAUAUGCAGUAUACACAAAGAAUAAGGAUAUGGCGAACAGAAAGCUUAAUGAGAUUCUCAAGAAUCCCUCAUAAGAGCAUUUAGGAUAAAUAAACAUUGACGCUCUUAAGACCUUCUUCAAGUAAUCUCUGAGAUAAGACAACUUUGCUGGUCUUGGAAGCAUUAUGAAUUACAUCUCGGAAAGAAAUCUAAAUGUUGCAUCAUGGCCUCUAGAAUAAUUUAAAAGUUCUCUCGAAUACUAUUUAAACUACUCUCCUAAUUUGACUAAUGUGAUGACUUUCACCAGAUACUAUACUCACAUCAUGCAUAAUAGAUUGGAAACGCUUUUGAAUAAGGAAUACAGCUCCAAAACAAUUGAUUAGCUCAAUGAUGCCGAGAAGUAUGCUCUCAACAGAUCACUUUUUAAUGGAGUAGAGAGUCUAGUUGAUAUGAAGCAGUUGUUUAAAUACCUGGUGGAUUAAGUUGGAAGCAAGAGUGCUGUUGACCCAGUAACUAAGGAUGAUCUUAUGUGGAAUUUGAUUAACUUCUUCACACAAGAUGGUAUGAGCGAAGUUCAGAAACUAAGUCAAACAGGUCUCUAGACUAUUGAUGAGUCAGACAUCGCAAAAUACAUUAAAAAUCACAUUAGAGAUUCCUAGACUUUUGAUAGAGCUACAAAACUUGUCAUGAGAUAUAAUGAUAGCAAGGAAACCACUCUGUAAAAUGCAAUAUUACAGCACCUUAGAGAAUUCUAAGCUAACAAUAAUGGAGAGCUUCCCUUUAGCUUUGAAAAGAAUAAACUCAGAACCUCUUAUGUUAAACUUAAGACAGCAAGAAAGCAACUCAAUACAAAAUUCAGUGAGAAAACACUCGAAUACUAUCUUUAUCUGUUUAAGCAACAAAAAAUGUGGCCAGAAAUCAUUGAUAUUGCAGAAAAUUUCAAUGAACUUACUCAAACCACUGGAGAGAGUGAAAUUAAGUAGCACUAUCUUAGCGAUGCACUUUUGAGAAUUGAUUCAAACUAGCACUGUCACAAAUUAGUAUCAGAGGCAGUUUACGGGGGGAAGGAUUUAGCAACUCCAGGCUACAUUACAUCAAUGACCAAGGCAUAUUUCAAGGAUGGUUCUAUUAAACAUGCUAUUGCUUUCUUCUAAGGAAAGAUUCAAGAAAUAUAGGAAAUAAAGAAGAAGCGUGAGGAUUACUUGGUGGACCUAUUUGACUCAGUUUUUAAUGACGAGGCAUCACAAUAGAUGAGCUAUGAAGAAUUUAGAGAAAGAUACCAUAGAGCUAUUAGAAUUUCAGAGAAAACAAUAAGAGAAUCUUACACAGUGAAUUAGCUAUAGAAAAUUCUUGAGGAAAAAGACUAUGAUUACAUUGAAGGUCUAUUUUAAUACUACAUUGUAGAUAUUGAUGAGACUAACUUCUUGAAUUAAAAACAGAAAUCUAGAAAUGACUUUAAACUGGCUCAAUUGUAAAGCAUGCCAAUUCAAGAUCUCCUAUCUAAUCUAAUAAUUAAUGAGGACGAAGUUGAAAGAGUCAAAGAUAUUAGAGAUAGAAAAUAAGCACUCUUAUCUAUGCUAAGAUCUAGAGAUAUUGAAACUCUUAUGCAUAUCAAAGAAGUAAUGAAGAAUGAUGGAGUUAAAAUUUUCAGUGAAAAAAUGGAUAAACAUUCUGCUGAUGAGCUAAGCCAGAUAUUCCAAAUCUAAUCUAAAGAGAAAAUUGAAGAAGUUCUUAGGAGGACAGAAGGACUGUAUAACUCUGCAUAUGUUUAAGAGGAUGAUGUUGAUGAAUAUUAAUAAGAUAUCUAGGAGGCUUCUAUGUAAUAUGCUUUUGAAGAGGUCCUUGCAAAGCCUAAUAUAUCAAGGAUGUAUGAUGGCAAAUCAAUUAGAGCAAUGGCUGAUUUGAACAACAAAAAGAGAAGAUUCACUUUGAUGAGAAAAGAUUAGAUGAGAUUGGACACGCACCUAUUAAAUUAAUAUCUCUUUGAUGGAGAUCUUCAAGAUCCAGCAGAUCCAGUAAAGAGAAUUCAAUAAGAGUAUAACGAUUCAGUAGUAUAGCUGAAGGAGGAACUUCUUGAAGCAGUUAAUGAAAGAAAGGAAGAAGUGCUGGGUAUUGCACUCUAAAUCUUCAAUAACCUUCAGGACAAGUCACUAAAGACCGUUAGAUUAAAUGAAUUAGAAGAUAUGGAUGCUAAUGAAGUUAUUAAAGAAAAAGCAAUAAAUUAAACUCUAGAUAAACUUAAAAUACUACUCAAUGACUCUACUUCACCUCUGUAUGCUCUUCUAAAGACAACAGCAUUAAGCAAGGGAGAGACUAACUAUGAUAAUUUCAAUGAGUUAUUAGAAGAACAUGAACUCUACGAUAUUGAGUUUGACAUUAAAGCCUAAGCAAUGGAGAAUGAGUAGUUAGAAUCAAUGAUUAAUCUACUUGAGCAUACUACUGAAUAACUUAAGGAAAUAUCUAACCAUCUCUUGCAAAAAUCUUCUGAGGAAGUUUAAUUCAAAAAGUUAUAUGAAAAAGAAUAUAAAAGAAUAAGGGAUAAUGACAGUAAGCAUCUUGAGCAAUCACUUGAAGCUAUUGUUAAACAGCAUUACCAAGAAUAUCAGUAAGCAUUCGAAGAAAACAAGAGAGCUACUGUAGCAUAAGAACUAAAAAGAGACUAAAAGCUCUCAGUAAUGAGAGACAUCUUCACCUUAGAGUAUGAGAAUCAAUUUAUUGACAAUCUUUUCCCUGCUUUCUACUCUUAAGAUCUCAUUAUCUUCGGUCUAGAGAAUAAAAUUCCAGAGGCCAUAAGAUUAGGCGAGCACAUGAUGAGUCAAAAUGACUAAAAGUUGCCUAAGGACAUUCAGAUUGCAGUUAAAGAGUACCUGUUCUCAAACAGUGAAAAAUAUCAAGCUGCCAUUAAGAAUACAGGCCCUAUUGAUAAUCAAAAGUUAUACAGAUCCCAUAAAAAUGCUAAAGAAAGCCCAGUAAUAUUCUCUAUGGAUGAUGAGUACUGGUAAGAUUACCUUAAGACAACAUGGAAGAGAUCUGAACUCUGGAAAGCUCCCUCGUACUAUGCUUUCAUGCACAAGCAAAAUGGAAUUGUUGGAGAGGUAAUAAAUAUUCCAACUGAGCAGUAGGUUGAAAAAAACAUAAGAUACGCUGCUAUGCUGUGA